GAACAACAGCCACUGGGACACAAAUGCCCUUCCCUGCUGCCCUCAAUCCCAUUUUUGGGUUUCUCUCCCCAAUAAGCCACUACCCGAAUCCAAAGACCAAACUUUCCAUUGCAAUCUUCCCGUGCUACUCUCUUCAUCACUUAUCUAGCAACCCCAUGUCAUCUUCAUCUGGUCCCAUAAACCUCGCUCCUCAAAAUGCCCCUUUAACAGUUCAAAAUUAUCCGACUCCACUCUCCCCUCCUCUGCCUCCCAUCUCCAAGCAGAUAGAGCUUGCCAGGGCCAUGACUGCAUCUUCAAUAUCAAGCCUUUUUGCUUUGUCAAGAAGUGAUAUUUUAUAUGAAGAUCAGUGGCUCCUCGCUGUCAAUAAACCUCAAGGAAUUUACUGUGAGGCUGUUCUGGAAUCGGUCCCUCGUUUUCUUGCUGAUCUUAGUGAAGAGGCCAAAGGCACCCUGCCUGAGCUCCAUCUUGCCAACCGACUUGAUCGAGAUACAAGUGGUGUUACUGUUAUAACCAAAUCACACAAAGUGGCUUCUAAGCUUGUGAAAGCAUUUACUGAUCACAAGGUUAAGAAAACAUAUAUUGCUCUCUGUGUUGGUUCAGCUCCAAAAUGGGAAAAGAUCACUAUUAAAUCUGGUCAUGGCCGGUCAAAAUUUGGAGCCUGGCGUGUAUAUGCUGCCUCGGAUGUGGGUAGGACAUUACCAGGUGGAUCCGUAGUAAGAGACAUGGAAACUUCAUUUGAGCUACUAUCAGUAAAUGGACAAGGGAACUUCAAAGAGUUGCGUGAAUUUGAGAAAGAUGAAAAUGUUAUAGUAGUUGAAGAAAAGGCUGUGAAAGAUGCUGAUGGGAAGAAGGAUGAGAUUUUGAUAAGAGCAUUUCCUCAGAGUGGAAGAACACAUCAAAUCCGGUUGCACUGUCAAUAUCUUGGAAUCUCUAUAAGAGGGGAUGUGAAAUAUGAGGGUGUAUAUGAAUGGAAAGAGAAAAUAUAUGAUGGCCAUGAACUACAUGCAGAGAGCUUGUCCUUUGAACAUCCAAUUACUGGUUUGCCUGUCAUGUUCUGUGCACCUCUACCCUCGUGGGCCAAAGAGGCAGUGCAGCCAUUGUGAUAUCAAAUAGUUUACCUUUACAGUCAUUCUAUAAGUCGUGUAUGGAGGCAGCUGAAAAAUUUUGUAAGAAAUAAUUCUGAUGUUUUAAUCCAAUGGAAUAGUGAAAGCUUGAUGUGGAUGUCAUUGCUAAUGACAAUUUUCAUUUUUCAGCUGUAGGAGUGGGAGGUUUAUUUCUUUGUCAGGAAGUAAUCAAGAAUCAGGAUGCAGCUGAGCAUGACAUAUACAUCCGAAAAGUGAGUGCAUUUGAGAAGCAAACAGGAAAAAUAAUGGCAACCAGGAUGUCGAUGAACAUCUUUAAAUAUCUGAGUCUAGCUUGGAUGUCAAAAGGGUGAUAGGCAGAUACUUAGCUUCAUGGUCGUAUGCACCAUAGUUAAGUUCCAUUUGUGGGUCUUAAGAAAUGGCUUGAAUUGUGCAUCUUGUAAUCCUUCUUCUUUUCUUAUAGUAGUAGAGAAGUUGAGAAGCUGUUUGAGUUGUUCCACUGAAAAUUCAGGUGAUGAAUUCAGCUUCACACAAAUCAUUUUGAUUUCACUUUGAAAAAUACUACAAAGAAUUUCAGGAUAAGGCACAUUUCUGUUA